AAGCAAUAAUAUUUAAAAUGAUAAGGAAGACCAGGGAGUAGAACCUCAUAAUCCAAAAGGGUAGGAGGUGAAGUCACUUAUAUUGUCACCACACAUGCCUGGUGGGUAUUCAUUAAGUGUGUGUGGAGUACCUGGGGCCCAUGUGGAGGCUGUCGGACCGAGUCAGAGAGUGAGAUGCUCUUCAGCUUAAGGGUUACUUUUUCAGCUCGGCCUGUCUCUCUGCUGUGCCCACUGUAGGCCCUCAUCACUUUCAGGAGCCACAUCACCUCAGAAGUCUUACUGAAGUAGAUCUGGGCUGGAGUGCGAGGCAGGGAGGUCCCUUCAUCUUUACUAACAGUGAAUUAGUGAGCAGAACUCUGGAAGCCUUUUCUGUACCUGAAUACAUUCCAUCCUCUGCCUCCUGCACCUCAGUGUCUUCAUGGCUCCAGACAAACAGUGGAAGUUGGCCACCAGAUCUUCCAAGUGCCAGAAGGAGCCUAUACUCCUAUGGGCUCCAAUCCACAUAGUCUCAGUGAUAUUGAUGGGAGUGCUCAUUAUGGAUUGCAAACUGGAGCCCAGAAAAGGUCAACAACUUGUCCAAGGUCAUGUAGCAUCCAAACGGCAGCUCUGGGACUUAUAUGUAGCUUGUUUAGGCUCACGUUUGCUCCAAAUUCAGUUUCUCCACCGCCCUGUGCUCUCAGUGUUGUCACUCCACUAUCAAGUAGUACUAGAUGAAAAUCCCAAAUUCUUGCAAACUUAACCUCUGAACUCCAUGUCAAGGGCAAAGUUGCCUAUCCUAAGGGUCAUUCUGUCAGUCUGAUCAGGCAAAUCUCUUUUUAAAAAUACACAUUAAAGUCAACUGACCCAGCCAUCUUUUUGCAGAAAUUGGUAAGCUGAUCCUAAAUUUGUGUGGAAUUGAAGAGGCCCAGAAUAUCCAAAACAAUCUGAAAAAGAACAAAGUUGGAGGACUCUCACUUUCUAUUUCAAACUUACACCAAACUACAGGAAUCAAAGCAGUGUUGUACUGACAUAGGAAUAGUACCUAGAUCCAUGGACUAGUGCUGAGAGUCCGAAAAGAAAGCUUUGUUUCUGUGGUCAGUUCAUAUUUGACAGUGGUGCCAAGGCCAUCCAAUGGGGAAAGAAUAGUUUCUUCAAAAGAUGAUUUUGGGACAGCUGACUAUCCACAUGCAGAAUAAUGAAUAUGGAUCCCUAACACAGGCGAUAAGCAAAACCAACCCAAUGUCAAAAUGGAUCAAAGGCCUAAACAUAGGAAUUAAAACUAUAUAACCAGCUGAAACAGCUUUUGGGCACAAGGAGAAGAGACAGAAAAAAAAUAUUGGAAUAGUAGAAAGAAAAAAAUAGAAUUAUUAGUUAUACUGGGAACAUUGGAAAAAUGGAAGGAAGGAAGAAAACAGACAAAUGAGAAAGAUGGAAAAGGUUUGAUUAUAAGGUAGAGAAGGACUUGGGCUGUAUGUGGAGAGGGGAUGGGAAGGCUGGUCAGGCAGCAGUAAUCCCUGUGGGAGCCAGUGGUCAUGAGAGGGAACCCGAAAUAACCUUUUGUUGCUCAGGAAGGCCCAACCUAGGGUGGAUGGUGAAGCAGUCUGCACGUUGGCUCAUGGUCACUGUCAACUAGGAACUGUAAGUCAGAUUUUCUCUAGGAUUUCAAAACUAUUUUAACAUUUCUCAUCCUGUCUCAGCAUACAGGUUGUUUAGUGUUUCAGGAGCCCAGUUAGUUACAUCCUCUUGCCUUUCAGGCCCAGAGUUCAGGUGUUAACACUUUCAGUUUUACCAUUUCUCAUGGGCCUGUUUUGUAGAGUGAGUCCAGCAGAUGGCGCCAGCAUUCUCAAGACUUCAGAUUCACUGCAACAGCACCACCCAGUAGAAAUAUGAUGUAAGCUGUUUUCAGUUUUCUGGGAACCACAUUAAAAAGUGAAAUUAAUUUCACGAUAUACUGUAUUUAAUCCAGUAUUUAAGCCCGUAUAUCCAAACUAGUUCAACUAGUUCAAAUUUAGUUAUAUUUAAAAAUAUCCAGAUAUUUUAUAUUUCUUUGCACACGAAGUUUUAAAAAAUCUGUAUAUCCACCAGUGGUACAUCUCAAUUCAGAUGUUAAAUUUUCAUCAGGAAUACUUGGUCUAUAUUUGUAUUUCUUAGAAAAUACAGUGAAAAGGUAGAUUCACACACCCAAGUUCUAUACACACAAACAUUUCUAAGUUUGCCAGUAACUGUAUCAAAUAUCAGGGUUUUUUUUUUAAAUUUUUAAUUUUUUAUUAACAUAUAACAUAUUAUUAGCCCCAGGGGUACAGGCAAAUACCAGUUCUUAAUACAAUUUUACUUCCUUAGUCAUACCACAUUUCAGAUACUCAGAAGACAUGACGCUAGUGCUACCGUCCUGCAUAGCACACCUCUGCAUGAUCUGUUUUUUAUAUGCUUUAUGAUCUGACUACACGUAAUCCUCCCAUUAGUAGCUAAAGGACUGAUAAACAUUUCUUCCAGUCAUGCAUUAAGCACUGAAGCUAUUCUUACCGCAAUGUUUAACUCGGAGGCAAGGAGUCAUGAACUCUUCUGUCAGAAAACAUGACCACACCUUACUCGUAUCUUUGUAGAGCUAAGCGAAAUGUUUUGGAUCAGAAAUUGCUUUGAAUUAUUUGUUUUCACUGUAAUCUUUUCUCUAGGCCUUUGUGUGUUUUGAUACAGUCCCUUUGAAUUGGCUAAAUAAAUCAUUUUGUUCGCUUGCAAAAUUCCCGAAGGAGAAACUUUAAAUCCAUAUACAUGAGAUUCCUGCUAUGUUUAGCCAUACAUUUGCCAAAGACUUGUGGGAUCAUUUAUUUCCUCUUAAAGCCACAGUGCAGCCUGCAGGAUGGUUUUCAGCUAACCUUGUUGUGACAUCGAGAGGAGGCAGUAGAAUUUAGAAUUUGGAACAGGGGUCAGUACUGGUCUUUACAGUUAAUACAACAUAGAGGAGCCACGCCAUAUGUGUUUCGUUUCUUUUUCAGCCAGUGAAUUGAACUAAGUCAGUUAUAUGUCAGGCAGUUUGUGUAAAAAGCUAUAUGGCUAAGCUGCUUUCUCCACCACAUUUCUAACUGCCACGUUCUUCCUGACUCUGAAGCUCACCUGCUUAGUGGCAGUUUUGCCUCGUGGUUUUAAUUCAUAGACCACAAGCAGAUCUUCCACCCCCAGAUCUCUGACUUUAAAAGGGGCUCUGACUUUCUAUAGCUGCACGUCCAUCUGGUCUGAGAUGGACAGUAUUACCUAGCAGGAUGCACACUGUACCAACAUGACUGACAUCAAGAGCAACCGAGAAUUGUACCAGCAGUACACAGCCUCGGCUCCCAGGCUGCUGGCCCGCAUCUCCAGACUGCUCAUCAGUUGCCGGAACGCAGGCAUUUCUGUACCUAAGGGCAUCAGGAACAUCUUUGAGUUCACUUGGGAAGAACUCACUGCGGACCCCAUGUUGCCUACCCCAUCCAACAUCGUGGGCCUAGAGAUCAGCAUUGGACCCCCACCUGUGGUGCUCAUGGAAUUAACCCCCGCACAGGCCCCUGUCCAGAAGAAGCCACCACCACCACCACCACCAGUACCACCACAGCAAUUGCUACCCACAUCCACUGGGUCAGCAAGGUUCACCCAGUCUCCCACCCGUGGCCACCUAGCACACUCUAGCCAGGAGACCCUGCACAGAUUCCAGCGGCAGUCCAUCCACCUGCUGACAGAACUGCUCACCCUGAAGAUGAAGGCCAUGGUGGAGUCCAUGUCUGUAGGUGCCAAUCCCCUGGAUAUCACAAGGCGCUUCGUGGAGGCCAGCCAGCUCCUCCACCUCAAUGCCAAGGAGAUGGCUUUUGACUAUCUGAUCGGCACAAUGGGAAGAAGUAGCCGGAGUGUUGGAAAGAUGGGGAAAGAUUCCUUCAUGAACACUCCAGCCAUGGGAGUGAACAUGCCUUACCAGCUUGUUUAUGAGUCCUCCACUGGCUGUCUGAGCUUCUCCCUCUCAACUGGAAGAGAAGUCAAGAAGAAAACAGUAACAGGUAAAUCAAAAAACUUAGAAGACAUAACCGUGUCGUCCUUUCCACGAGGAGCUGGAAUGUCUGCCUCUGACAGCGUGGAGUUCAGCGAUCCCUGCCCUGAGGUCCGGGAGAAGCUGCAGGAGAUGUGUCGCCAUAUAGAAGCGGAAAGGGCCUCGUGGAAAGGGAGGACUUUCUCCUGCCCCCUGAUCUUUCGCAACUACAGGGCAAAGGUGCCCCCUCAUCUAAUGUCAGCCCCGAAAGGGGAUGCUCAGACCCCGAGCUCCCACCACCCUCACCCUUCAGGUGCUCAGACCUCCGCUUCCACCCUUCACCAGCCUCCCGCCUACCACCACCCUCACUUUGUCCGGCAUUCUCAAGAGUGGAAGGUAUCCAAGAAGAUCAUCAAGUUCCAUUACGCCUUCUAUGAUGGGUCCUCCUUUGUGUACUAUCCCUCUGGAAACAUCGCCAUGUGUCAGAUCCCCACGUGCUGCAAAGGAAGAACCAUCACUUGCCUCUUUAAUGAUACACCUAGCUUCUUUCUGGCUCUGCUCAAUGCUGAAGGACAGGGCUGUGUUCAGUACAACACGAAGGCCCGUUGCCCAUACGUCUUGGUCUUGGAUGAGGAAGGUGGGACUGCCAAUGACUUCAAAGGCUACGUAGUUCACAAAUGGAGCUGGACUUCUAAGACAGAGACUUUGCUUUCCCUGGAAUAUAAGGUGAAUGAGCAAAUGAAGCUGACGGUGCUAAGCCAGGACUCCAUCAUGGUCACCUUCACCUCCCUAAAUGAAAGAAUAACACUCUCCGUUUCAGCCAACAACUGUCCCCAUGGGGUAGCACAUGAAAAACGGCUGCUGACCCGCGUGGAUGACAAAAUAUUUAAGAUGAACCGGGCUCUGGCAGAGAUCAAGAAGCGGUUUCAAAAGACAGUGUCACAGUUUAUGAAUUCUGUCUUGCUGGCAGCAGGGCUGUUCACCAUAGAAUACCCGGUUAAGGAAGAGGCAGAAAUCAGUCGAGCCAAGGUAAAAUCGAGUCCCUAUCUUGAGCGGAGCAUCAAGCCAAUUUCAUACCCAGGAGAAGCCGUUUUAUUACGAUCUCAGUCAGCCCGACCUGAAUCCUCAACUGGAGAGUCUUUGAAGGAAGAGCAUGGGUCUGCUUCUAUAAGCCCCACUCGGAGGAAAAGCAUCAGGAUCCAAGCCAAAGCCGUGGUCACACCCAGAGGAAAGGCUGGAGAGAUGCGCAGCCCCACCAGGUGGGCAGCCUCACCCUCCGACUGCCCACUGGUGCUGCGGAAGCUCAUUCGCAAGGAAGACAUUCGGGCUGGCUGCAGGUGCAUGGUGAAGGCACCGCUGGUCACCGACGUGGAGCUAGAGCGCUUCCUGUCUGCACCCCGUGACCCUGGCCAGGUCCUGGUUUUUGGGAUAGUCUCAAGCCAGAACCCCACCAGCACCGCACAGCUCCAGUGGCUGCUUGACACACUCUAUAGUCACCGGCAGCAGGGCCGUGCCUCACCCUGCAUCCAGUGUCGGCAUGACCCCUACCGCCUGCUGCGGUAUGACCUGGACAGCUCCCUGCAGAAGGACCCACCCCUGCUGGUGAAGAAGUAUGCUGUGUUGCCAGGGAUGAUUCUGAUGUUCGCCGGGGGGAAACUCCUUUUUGGUGGCUGUGUUUUGAACGGUUAUGGCUUCAGUAGGCAGAAUCUGCUGAAACAGAUCUUCCAGGCUCGACAGGACUGCAAGAUGGGCUACUUCCUGCCAGACAACUACAAGUUUAGCGUUCCAACCGCCACCCCAGUCCCGGAAGACCCUGACUCAGCCAAGAAAGCAAUAUCGGAAGAUAUCCAACAAAGCUUCUCCUCGUUGGCCAUGGGGGACAAGGUGGAGGAGUCCCCUCCUGAAGCCGAGAAGAAAAUGAAAUCGCCUGAAGUGGAUUUGCCUGUUCUCAGCAAAGUCAGGAGGGGCAGUAAGAAGGUGGUCCCCUGGAAAAAACAGGCCUCCAAGCGGUGAUGCUGUCCCUGUGGCUAUCCAGAGCUCUAGGCCUGGACACAGCUCCUCUCACGUCCACCCAGCCCUGCCUCCCAACUCCCCUACCCCCUUUCUCUGAGCCUCUGCAUAAUAAAUAAGCAUGUCUCCAGCAUCUGGGUGAGGCCAUGGGAU